AGCGGAAGAGCCGCGCAGCGCUGUGGUGAAGAUGGCGGCAGUGCUGCAGCAGAUACUGGAGCGAGCUGAGAUCUCUAAACUCCCCAAAGCGGUUCAGACUAAACUAGAGAAGUAUCUGUCCGACCAGCAGACUGACACAGAUGUGCUGAGAGCCCACCAUGAGCAGUUCCGCGUGGACAGCGAACAACAAUAUUUUGACUUGGAGAAGCGAUGCACCGAGAGUCAAGACAAGUUUCUGUCACUGACAAAAGACCAUCAUGCCCUCAAAGAAGAUUUUUCUAAGCUCCAGGAAGAGCUUAAAGCUCUACAAGAGAAGACAAAGGAACAUGAAUCCUUAAUUUCAAAGCUGGAAUCAGAGAAGAAUCAACUUUCCAAAGUUAAGGAUGAGCUGGAAGCAGAGAAGCGAGAGCUUGUGCGGACCCUGGAGAGGCGAUCGCAGGAGGUGGAAAGUCAGAGUGAGGACUUAAAUCGUCUUAAUGACCGUCUAGUGGAGACUAAUGCAGCGAAGAUGCAGCUGCAACUGAAGCUAGAUGAUCUGGAAUCCUCCGAAGUCUCCAUUAAGUACAAAGAGAAGCGGAUGGAGCAGGAGAAAGAACUCCUGCAAAGUCAGUUGACUUGGCUGAAUGAUGAGCUGAAAUCUAAAAGCGAUGAGCUGCUUGCGCUCUCCAGACAGAAAGGCAGCGAGAUUUUGGAGCUGAAGUGUAGUCUAAACGACAAGGAAGAUGAGGUUACCAGAUUACAGGAUCAAGUAGCCAGUCUGAAAGCCUCCCAUGAGAAUCUUCAGAAGCAGGCAGAGGACAUGAUCUGCAAACUAAAAGAGGCCAAAGAACAGCAAGCCAGUUCAGAGGAGAAAUUCAGAAAUGAGCUUAAUGCAAACAUCAAGCUGUCAAACUUAUACAAGGGGGCAGCAGCUGACGCAGAAGCUAAGAGUGAGGAGUUGAACCAGGCUGUGGAGGAGCUGCACAAGCUGCUAAAGGAGGCAGGAGAAGCACACAAAGCUCUGGAGGUGAAGAUGGCGGAGAUGGAAAGCGGGAAGCAGAAAGAAAUGACUGAGUUUAAGGAGCAAAUCAGCAGCCUUGAGAAAGAGCUAGAGAAUGCUAAUGAACUCCUGACACACACAAAGCACAGAGCUGUUAGCAGCACAUCUGCUCCCAUUCUCACAGAAGAACAGCUGACCACCAUGUCUCCCACAGCAGCAGCGGUCUCCAAGAUCAGACCAGACAUGAAGCUCACUGAGAUCUACACAGCAUAUAUCGAGUCCCAGGAGCAUCUGCAGCUUGAGAGGCUGGAGAACAAGCGUGUAAAUAAGUAUCUGGAUGACAUUGUUCAGGAGGUGGAGGCCAAAGCACCCAUCCUGAAAAGACAGAGGGAGGAGUUUGAGCGCACCCAGAAAUCUGUGGCAAACCUAUCAGCCAAGCUGGAGCAAGCUGUUCAGGAAGUACAGCGUUUGCAGAGGGAGACUGAUGAGGCCAACAAGCGAGCAUCUGUGCUAGAAAGAGACAAUCGGAGGUUUGAGACACAGUUGGCUGAUAUGGCUCAGCAGGUGCGAGUGCUGCUGUUAGAGCUUGAGGAGGCCCGCGGAAAUCAUGUGUUGCGUGACGAGGACUACCUAAGCUCAGCAGAUGUGAGCAGCACUUCAGAGGUGAUCUCCCAACACCUGGUAACCUUCCGCAGUGUGGAGGAGCUGCAGUCCCAGAACCAGCGUCUACUGGUGGCCCUCCGAGAGCUAAGUGAAGCACAGGAAAAGGAGGAAAUGGAGUCUGACAGCAGCAAACGCAGUGAGUUGCAGAAGAGCCUGGAGAAAGCCCAGGCUGAACUAGAACAGCUGAGAGAGCAGCGUGCUCACCAGAUGCAGCUAGCAGAGUCCAUUGUGCGUCAGCGAGACAUGUACCGUGUCCUUUUAGCUCAGGCCACAGGGGUCAGCUUUCCUCAACAAGGAACCACUCCAGAGGAGUUCUCCCUCACCUCCACCCCCCGACGAUCCCCUGCGGUCACACCCACCACUGCCACACCCACUGGACUGGUCGCCACAUCAAUGGAGUCUACAGAGACUGUGGAGGCCAAGGCUGCCCUGAAGCAGCUGCAAGAAGUUUUUGGGGCCUAUAAGAGGGAAAAGGCUGAGAGUGGAAAGGUUCUGGGUGAGCAGUGUGAGAAGCUACAAGACCAAGUGUCAGAGCUACGAUCUCAGAAUUCCAAGAUCUCCACUCAGCUGGAGUUUGCCUCCAAACGGUAUGAGAUGCUGCAGGAUAAUGUGGAGGGUUAUCGCAAGGAGAUUGCCUCUCUCAGGGAGAAGACCCAAAAACAGGCCACAGACGUCCAGAAGAGUGAACAGACCAUCCACACCCUCACUCAAGACCUACGUGCAGCUAAUGAGAAGCUUACCAUGGCUGAAUCUCGAGUGGAGAGUCUGCGGAAGGAGAAGGAUAUGCUGAAGAUGGUGGAGUCCAGACUGUCCCAGGAAAAAGAAUCUAUUCUUUCACAGCAGCGCAGCCAGAACCUCCUGCUCACCAACCUCAAAUCAAUUCAGGCCACUCUUGAACGCUCAGAGACGGAGACUAGGCAGCGACUGACUGCGCAGGUGGAUAAGCAGGAGCGAGAGAUCAGCCAGCUGCAGAAGAGACUGGAGCAUGAGGUGGAACAGAGGCAUCUGCUGGGGCGCAACCAGGAUAUGCAGCUCCUGGAUGCAAAGAAGCAGCUUGAAUCACAGACUGCACUAUACCAGAGGACCAAAGAGCAGCUGAACGCUGCCCAGCAGGAGCUCAACACCCUGCAGCAGCAGCUGAGCAGCGGAGACCAUCAUCGAGCCUCCCCCACUGCGCAUACGAGUCAUACAGGAUUGCAGGGUUCUAACUCUGAUGUGGACGAAUUGCGUGGCCGUUUGAAGCAGACUGAGAGCAAAGCUGAGGAUCUGGCUGAGAGAGUCAAGAGCACCACUGCCUCAGUAGAACAGUACAGGGCCAUGUGUCUGAGCCUGGAGGAGGCCCUGGAGAAAGAAAAACAGGUCACUGAACAAGUAAGGUCUUCAGUCGAGAGCCAGGUGAUGGAAGCUCAGGAGCAGCAUCGACAGCUGGAAAAGAAGCUUUUAGAAGUUGAGAAGGAGAAACAAGAGAUUCAGGAGGAAAAACAGAAAGCUGUGACAGCCAUUGAGCAACAGGUGAGUGAGCUGCGAAAGAGUCUGAACAGUUUGCAGGCUGAGCAUCAGGAUACCCUGCAGAAGGUGGCACUGGCAGCAUCUCAGGAGCAGCAGGCCCUGCUGGAUAGUCAGGAGCAGGCACGACUGGCUGCUGAGGCCCAGGACAAGUAUGAGCGGGAGAUGAUUCUGCAUGCUGCUGAUGUGGAGGCUCUGCAGGCAGCCAAAGCUCAGGCCCUGAAAGCCUCUCAGCUCCGUCAGCAACUAGAGGAGAGCGCCCAGAGAGCCAGUGCACAGCUGCUGGAGGCCCGCGUGUCCUGGGAGGAACAAGAGAAGAUCCUCAAGGAAGAGCAAGGUAAGGUGGAGGCACGCUGUGUAGACUUGCAGAAGCAGAAUGAGCUCCUUCAUGAGCAGAUUCAGAGCAUGAGCAGUAAGAUGGCCACACAGCUACAGCAGGCAGCCAGCGAGAGCUCCCUGAACAUUUCCUUGACUGAGGAGGACAAGUCUCAGGAGCAGCUCCUUGAGAUCCUCAGGUUUGUGCGCCGGGAGAAGGAGAUAGCAGAGUCACGUUUUGAGGUGGCUCAGGGCGAGACUCUAAGGCACAAACUGCGAGUGGAACACCUAGAGCGGGAGUUGAAGGAGGUACAGCAGUCCCUCUGUGCAGAGCGGGAGAGAAUGCAGGUGACUUCUAAGACCUUGGCCCAACACGAUGAACUGAUGAAGAAGACUGAGACCAUGAAUGUGCUGGUGGAGACCAACAAGAUGUUACGAGAGGAGAAGGAGAAAAUGGAGCAAGAGCUCCAGCAAGCUCAAGCCAAGAUAACCAAGCUGGAGUCAGACAUCUUGCCCAUGCAGGAAUCUAACUCUGAGCUGAGUGAGAAGAGUGGGAUGCUUCAAGCUGAGAAAAAACUUCUAGAAGAGGACAUCAAGCGCUGGAAGGCCCGCACUCAACACCUGGUGAGCCAGCAGAAGGACACAGACCCUGAAGAGUACAAACGUCUGCACUCUGAAAAAGAGGCGCAUCUCAAACGCAUACAGCAGCUCACAGAGGACACCAGUCGGCUUAAGGCAGAGGCUGCCAGGAGUAGCGGAUCGGUUACUACGUUGCAGUCUCAGGUUCAGACCUUGCGUGAGAGCCUUGGCAAGGUGACUGUGGAAAGAGACAGCCUGAAGAAAGACAUUGAUGCCAAGGCUCUUGAUCUUCAAGAGAAGGUCAAGACGAUCACACAAGUCAAGAAGAUUGGUCGUCGAUACAAAACCCAGUAUGAAGAGCUCAAAGUUCAGCAUGACCAGAUGGUGGCAGAAGCGGCCUCCACUCCAGCUCAAGACCAGGAGGCUCAGCAGGCCUCUGCACAGGAGCUGCAGAGCCUGCGAGAGUCUCUGAGCCAGUCAGAAACCAAGACCAGAGAACUGGAGGCCCAAUUAGAAACCCUCAACAGAACGGUAGGGGAGCGUGAGGUAGAGUCACGCAGCGCACAGGAACAGGCCACUCGCCUCCAGGGGGAGCUGGCACGCAUGCGCCAGGAGCUCCAAGACAAAUCGUCUCAGGAGGAGCAGCUCCGACAGCAGCUGGCGGAUAAAGAAGAGAGAACCAGGAAGGCUUUGAUGUUGGCCAAACAGAAAAUCAAACAGGCAACUGAUGGAAAGGAUCAGUUAAAACGUGAGAACGACGAACUGAAACAGCAGCAUGAUGAGCUAAGGCAGCAGCGUGAGGAACUGGAGGUACGGGUGAAUGCUCUCCGAUCCCAGUAUGAGGGUCGGCUGAGCCGCCAGGAGAAGGAGCUACGGGACCUACGAGAGCAGCAGGAGCGGCAUGGAGAGCAGAGAGAUGAGCCUCAAGAGCAGGGAACUAGCAAGACUCAGGAACAGCAGAGGACAACCGAACAAAGACAGAUCUCUCUAAAAACCACACCAGCCACUGAGAGGGGAGGUGCAAGUACCUCUGAGCCUCCCACAGCCAAUAUAAAGCCCACUCCACUGGUGGCAACCCCCAGCAAGCAACCAGCCACUGCUGGGAACAAGCCCACUCCGAGAGCAAGUAUUAAGCCAAUGAUCACCCCUGCCCCAGUACCCAUUCCAACUCCUACUGCCACGGUCAUGCCCACCACCCAGCUGGAGACCCAGGAAACCCUGCAGUCUUCCGAUGCUCCAAUGUAUGGCAAUGCAAGUGGCUUGGUGCGCUCCACCAGUCCAAAUGUGCAGACCACACUUGCCCAGUCCAUGCUCAGUGUCCAGCAAAGCCAGACCACUGCCUUCGUCACCCCUACACAACAACAGAGCCUGCCCCCUGCUGAACCAGCCAAUCAGGAGCCUGCUACUGCAGCUGCUGUGAUGAUGGAGGCUGCACCCAGCACCUCACAGAUGGAAAGACCUACGUCUACAGCUGUGUUUGGAACAGUGUCUGCCACCACCAGCAGCACUUCAAGCAAACGCACUCGAGAGGAGGAGCUGGAGAGUAUGCCUACAGACACAGACCCUCAGGAGGAGCCCACCGAGCCCCCCAUAUCCAAGAAGCUCCGCAUUCAGAGAGUUGGAUUAGAGGAGGAUAUGCUUGCUGAGGACAGCACUGAAGCUGAGAGUGUUGUGCCAGGAGAAAGUCAAGAAGCCCCUGAUGCCAGUGAAGAGCUGGAGCUGAACUUCCCCAUCCUGGAGAGGAGCAGUGAAGAAUUUGGAGUGUCUCAAGAAUUUUUCCUGCCUCAGGAGCCUGAGGCGUCGCACUCGCAGAGCCAGGACGAGCCUGAUGAGCCAGUCAUUGUCAUUGUUAGUGACUCAGAAAGUGAGGAGGAGCAAGAGGAAGAGACUGAUGAUGAGGAGCAGGAUUACCAAGAGGAAGAGGAGGAGGAGGAAGAAGAAGAGGAGGAGGAGGAUGAUGAGGAGGAUGAUGGUGGAAUUGGAGAGGAAGAGGAGGAGAGCAACGAGGGGAGUGGCAGUGGAGAUCCUAAUGAAGCAUAUGAAGAAGAUACAGAGGGUCCUGACGCCACAGAUCCAGGUACUGAGACAGAGGAAAGUCUUGGCCCGCUGGAGUCGCAGGCCUUUAACAUGGCAGACGGCCUAUCUCAGACCUUCUGCAGUGACCAACCAAUCAGCAGCUCUGUUCCACGCCCUCCUCCAUCGCCACGGAGACCACAACACACGUUUCCUCAAGUUAACAUCCUCGCUCCGCCCACACAGGAGCUAGGUCCUCCAGCGCAAGCCCAGCGCAUCCCUGUUCGGCGGCAGGCAGCUGCAAGAGCUCCUCAGCUGUCUUCUGGAGCAGCCACUAGUGCACAACUGCAGCAGCACUUCUAUGAGGAGGAAGACCGCAUGGUCCCCAGCACCCCCACUCUGAUUGGACCUCAUCGGUCAGACUGCUUCUCAGAGGCCAUCAAUUCUCCACAGGUAGCAGGUGUGCCACGUUUUGGGUUGAGCCUUCCAGACGAUGUCCCACAGUCCUCUCACUCAGAGCUAGGCCACCUGGCCUCUCAAGGAGGGCUUGGUCUGUAUGACAGCCCCCUGUUCCUGCCUGUUCAUGAGGAGGAGUCAGGGGGACGCAGUGUCCCCACCACACCUCUCCAGGUGUCCGCUCCUGUGUUCCUGGUUUCCUCCUCUCUACUAUCAGGAACUUCGUUUUCGGAGACACUACCCUCAGAAGUAACAGAGCUCGCCUCCCAGUCUGUACCCAUGGUCAGCACAUCCACUCCAGGCCUGACCGCUUCAGCCGGCCCAAGUGCUGUGGAGGAAGGAGAGGACCUCCUUUUGGAGGCAGGAGAGGAUGGGAGCAGUGCUGAGGCUGCUAUGGAGCCUGCAUCUCAGACCGAGGCUGAGGAGCCGGCCCAGCCUUCGGACGAGGCUAGCCUUCCAUCCACCAGCCAAGAGCCCUCUUCCAGCUCUGCAGACACAAGCAGCAGUCAACCACCCAAAGCCAGAACCGGAUCCGGCAGACUGUGGACCCGAGCACGGCCCUCCAGAAGCUUCGUUAAGAGAGAUGGAUUAGGGGCUAUGGGAGUGCGAGGGCGCUUUGCCAGAUAAAGCAAAUUCCAGACACAGUGCUUUCAUUCUGUCCUCUACUGCAACACAACCUGGAUGAUUUAAUCUACAUAAUUCUAAUGCUUCUUCAUCUGUUUGAUUAUGGCAGUGUUUCCAUUUAAUGCGUUGAAUGUACAUGGAUCUCCAAAAGCAUUGCGUUGACUUUUUUAUGUGAAUACAAUAAAGACUUCUUUUGGUAGAAAAACUGA